ACGCGCGCUUCAUUUUCACAAACAUUUGCUGAGAAAAGCGCCAUGCCAGCUUCGGCUUACUCGUCAAUCGUGAAAAAAUUAUAUCUGCUGUUAAAAUAGGAUCCACGACAUGGAAGCGAUGUCGACGGGCUGUUUUAGGCUUUUUUUAACGACUUCCGUGGAAAAUAAAGAUGAUACAGAAGAGAAACUUUUGAGGAGUUACCAGUUUUUCCAAAGUGUUCGCGGUGACCUUAGUGAUAAAGAUGCUCACGAGGCCCUGAACAAGGCGUUACUCAAGGAGAAAGGUUACGAGGAAGUGUCGUUUGGACUGUUGGUGUCAAUGUUAACCGAGCCCCACAAUGCGGCCCGAAGUUACAGAGACUUAACGCUUAUUACUAGGGAUGGUUUUGGUCACGUAGUUACCAAUCUUUCCCAACUCGUGUUGGAUAAGUAUUUGCGGUUUACGGACAUAGUGCGGCAGCAGCUGUUAUGGCUUCUUCGUGAAAUGAUCAAGAACAAUGUAAACAGUGUGGAUAAUUUGUGUUGGAACCUCAUGCGGCAUGCUGCAGGGGGAGAUAUCAGCCCCAAAAACUUGAACCUAGUGGAAUCCUUGCUCGAUGUUUUCAUCGAGUUUCGAAGUUGGUUAGACAAAUUUCCCAUUUUAAUAGCGUCAGUUGUUUACACUUAUCUGAGGUUAAUUGAAGACCAUCAUGCACCUUUCUUGGCCGCCCUGAGACAAAAGGAAGUCAACUUUGUUAUAAGUAUUAUGCGAGAACAUUUUCAAGAGUGCCUGGUCAUUGGACGGGAUCUAGUGAGGCUGCUGCAAAAUGUUGCUAGAAUAGCAGAAUUUGACUUAUUAUGGAAGGAUAUGCUUUUAAAUCCAAAGACUUUAAGCCCUACUUUCUCAGGUAAGUUUCGUUUGCAAAUUUGUACUCUUUUCCAUAUUCUGUUUAUAAAUACAGUAACUUCUCGAUACUACACCCUACACUACUACUGGUUAAAUGGGUAUUUUUUAAAAGCAAUUUUUGUUACAUUAUAUAUAUGUUUCAAUACAUUUUCGAAUUAAGCUUCAAAAGUUGAGCUGAACUUAUCGUCAAAAGCUAAAAAGUUUCUUUACAAGUGCAAAGAGUUUCGCUUAACAGUCAGGCACAAUUUUUAAGGGGAAAAAGUGUUUUCAAAAUGUUGCUGUGGGUUUCACAAUUUCCUAAACCUUCUCUGUUUGUUGUUCAUGGAAUAAACGAAAAAAAUGCAUUUGGUUGGUAAAAUUUAUUUUCGUUUCAAUCCAUUUAUGACUUCACCGAACUGACUUGCAAAGAUAUGUGAUUUUCCUUAAGAAUUCUUAUCACUCUUACACUUAAGCAGCGAAAUAUUUUUUAUUGUUCAUAAUGUACGCCACGCUGAUGU